AGCCGAUUUAUUUUGCACAUUCCAAGUGAAGAGAGAGACAAUGCAAUCAGAGUGUGUUUUCAGAUUGAACUUGCCCAUUGGUUUUAUCUGGAUUUCUAUAUGCAAAACACACCAGGAUUACCUCAGUGUGGGAUAAGAGACUUCGCUAAAGCUGUCUUCAAUCACUGCCCUUUUCUACUGCCUCAAGGUGAAGAUGUACAGAAGGUUUUAGAUGAGUGGAAAGAAUACAAAAUGGGAGUGCCAACAUACGGUGCAAUUAUUCUUGAUGAGACACUUGAAAAUGUUCUUUUGGUUCAGGGUUAUUUAGCAAAGUCUGGUUGGGGAUUUCCAAAAGGGAAAGUAAAUAAAGAAGAGGCUCCUCAUGACUGUGCUGCUAGAGAGGUGUUUGAAGAAACUGGCUUUGACAUAAAAGAUUAUAUUCGCAAAGAAGAAUACAUUGAGCUGAGAAUUAACGAUCAAUUAGCACGGCUGUACAUCAUUCCAGGAGUUCCCAAGAACACAAAAUUCAACCCUAAAACUAGAAGGGAAAUUCGGAAUAUUGAGUGGUUUUCCAUUGACAAACUACCAUGCCACAGAAAUGACAUGACCCCGAAGUCCAAGCUCGGGUUGGCACCUAACAAAUUUUUUAUGGCAAUUCCUUUCAUCAGGCCAUUGAGGGAAUGGAUUUCCCGGAGGAAUGGGGAUUCCUCAGAUAGUGACAAUGGAUUUUCAUCUACAGGUAGCACACCCUCUAAGCCCAACUUGGAAAAAGCUAGAUCCAAACUUCGCUGUAGUCAGCAGAUGUUUACAGAGAGCUUUUCAGGAGAGCAGUGUAUGAAGCCAAAACAGCCACAGAAGCCAUAUAAUCAUCCUGAGAUGUCUGAAGCUUUGAAAAUAAAGAGUCAGAGCUUGAGGAGCAAUGGCAGAAAACAGUAUCAAGAGACUUCCAGCCAAAAGAAGCGAACAAAUGGAGUCCACAACCAACCAGUUAAGCAAAAUCAUACCUUGAAAUGUGAAAAAAGGCUUAAUCCAAGAAGACUUCAAGAUAACUUUGAAACAGAUGCAGUGUAUGAGAUGUGUUGCUCCAGUGAAGAGCCACUUCCAGAACAUGUAGAGGGACAUUCUGUGGCAUGCAAUGGCCAUUACAAAUUUGCUUUCUCAUCAAGAGCUUUCCUGAGUUUCAAGUUUGACCAUGAUGCCAUAAUGAAAAGUUUCGACCUCUGA